AUGUCUGAGCUGCUCGCGUACAUGUGCUUCGGCGAGCUGCUUCCCCCGGACGUGCUCGACGAGAUCGACGCGCUCGAGCGCCACGCUCUGCGCACAGCCACAUCCUUUCCGGUCUUCGCGAUCUUCCCUCCGGUCACCAAGAGGAUCUUUCGCAAGCGCUGGACGGCACACGUCAACGUACGCCGAAGGCAGGAUGAGGUCUACGCCCCGCUCAUCCACGCCACGAGCGCCGCCGACGACGAUGACCAACCACCGUGCUAUGCCAAGUCCCUCCUCGCGCUGCGGGUGGCCGACGACGGCGACCGGCAGCUCACGGACUCCGAGAUGGUAAGCCUUUGCUCCGAGUUCCUCAACGCCGGGACAGACACAACGGUGACCCUGCUCGAGUGGAUCAUGGCCGAGCUGGUGAACCACCCGGACGUCCAGGCCAAGGUGUACGAGGCGGUUAUCAGAGCCAAGCGCGAGCUCGACGACGCCGUCAACCUCCAUGCGCUCCCAUACCUUAAAGCCGUCGUUCUAGAGGGCCUGCGCCUGCACCCGCCAGGCCACUACCUCGUCCCACAUGCCGUGCGGAGCGACGCGGAGAUCGGUGGCUAUAAGCACCGCUAA